CCGCGGUAACAAGCAACAACAACGAAAGGCACUGGCCAGAAAUCAUAUCGUAAAUUGCCCCUCAAUAAUAUCCACAAUGCAGAAGUCGAUUACGUCUUUCUUUUCUGGCCCAAAAGCCAAGAAAGAAUCAGAGAAAAAGACAGAACAGGAGGAAAAUGGAAAUGUCACCAAGGAACCUAGGAAGGACAGUGAAAAGUGUCCUCCAGACUUGAAGAAAAAUGAGUCACCAGUAGUUACAAAUGGACAUGACUUUUCUGAUUCUCCUGUAAAGAAAACAAAAAAAGGGCGUGCUCGAAGGAUAAUAGAUAGUGAUGAUGAGGAGGAGGAGGAAGAUCAAGGAAAGACAACUCCGGAUGGAGAAGGCAGUGGCAAAAGUGAAGCCACAGAGAAGAUGGAUGUUGAUGAUGUGAAACCUGAUGCAAAGAAGGAGAGUGACAUGACGGAACCAGACUCAGGAGUGUCUUCUCAGUCUAUGUCAGAGACAUCAUCUCCUCAUAGCUCAUUCAGUUCACCAGGAGGAAUACCACGCAGGAAAACAGCUAGGAAAAGCAUGGGGGGAGGAACUAAGAGGAAGAUAGAAGCUGCAACUCCACCAAAGCCUAUCUCAGUUAAGGAAGAACCAGUCUCUGCAAAGAAAGUCAAGUUAGAGGAUCAAUUGAGCCAGGAAGAGGAUGAAAAAGAAAAGGAUAUGUUAAGGAAAACAUCUGAUAUGAAGAGCAAAAAGGAAAAGUCAGAAGGCAAUGCAGCUGAAAGUCCUUCAAACAAAAAAGACGAAAGCGAAUCACCAGGUGAACCAAAGAAUGGCAACAAAACAAACCAGAAAAAGCCUGUGCAUAGUUUCUUCUCUCCUAAACAGAAAAAGAAAGAGAACUCUGACAUUAAAAAGGAAAGUGAUGAUGCAGAGAAAAAGAAUGACCUGAAGGAAGAAAAAAAUAGAGAGACACUUCCAGAAGAUAGUAAACCAGGCAAAACUUCUUCAGAAUCUGCCACAAUGUUUGGUAAUAAAAUGAAAGAUGAAGGAAACAGCUAUUGUCCAUCAAAAUCAAAGUACCAUCCCAUAGAUGAUGCAUCGUGGAAGCAUGGUGAGAAAGUACCAUAUUUGGCCUUGGCUAGAACAUUUGAGGAAAUAGAAAAUGUUUCCGCCAGACUAAAGAUGAUAGAGAUUUUGUGCAAUUUCUUCCGCUCUGUGAUAGUGCUGUCUCCAGAUGAUUUAUUGCCCUGUGUGUAUCUCUGCCUUAACAAACUGGCACCAGCUUAUGAUGGUGUAGAGCUAGGGCUGGGUGAAACCAUCCUAAUGAGAGCUGUGGCUCAGGCGACAGGUAGAAGUGUUGACAAGAUUAAAGCAGACUGUCAAGAAAAAGGAGAUCUGGGCAUAGUGGCAGAGAAUUCUCGUAGUAGCCAGCGGACUAUGUUUGCACCGCCCAAGCUCACAGUGGUUAAUGUCUUCUCCAAGCUCAAGCAGAUUGCCACAGUGUCUGGCCACUCGUCGAUGAACAAGAAAAUUGACUGGAUCAAGGGGUUAUUUGUAGCCUGUCGAUUCUCAGAGGCCCGCUACCUGAUUCGCUCCCUUGGUGGCAAACUGCGCAUAGGUUUGGCUGAACAGUCUGUGCUAAAUGCUCUAGGCAAUGCUGUUUUCCUCACGCCACCUGCCCAAGAUUACCCCCCUGAGAUGAUGAAUGCUGGGAAGUCCUUGACUGCUGACGUACUGAAGAAGAACAUGGAGGAGGCUGCCCUUGUCAUCAAGACUACUUACUGUGAGUGUCCAAACUACGGAGCUAUCAUCCCUACUCUUCUGAAGUAUGGUUUGAAGGAGUUAUCCAAACAUUGCAAACUCACACCAGGUAUUCCUCUAAAGCCUAUGUUAGCUCACCCUACAAAAGGUGUGAGUGAAGUUUUGAAGAGAUUUGAAAAUGCUGACUUUACCUGUGAAUAUAAAUAUGAUGGGGAACGAGCUCAGAUCCACAUCCUUGAGGGGGGUGAGAUCAGAAUAUACAGCCGUAACUCUGAGGAUAACACGUCCAAAUACCCAGACAUCAUAGGCCGUCUGCCCUCUGUCUGCAAGGACAGCCUCAAGUCUUGUGUCAUUGACACAGAGGCCGUGGCCUGGGAUAAUGAGAAGAAACAGAUUUUACCAUUCCAAGUGCUGAGUACAAGGAAACGAAAGGAUGCCAACGUGUCUGAUAUUAAGGUACAGGUCUGUGUGUAUGCCUUUGACCUACUGUACCUGAACGGAGAGUCGCUAGUCCAGCAGCCAUUCAGAAAGCGCCGAGAGUUACUGAGAGACCACUUUGAGGAGAAGGAAGGAGAGUUUGUCUUUGCCAAGUCCAUGAUCUCAUCCAACACUGAGGAGAUAGCAGAAUUCUUGGAUGAAUCUAUAAAAGGUAAUUGUGAGGGUCUGAUGGUGAAGACGCUGGAUGUGGAUGCCACGUAUGAGAUUGCCAAAAGGUCACAUAACUGGUUAAAGUUGAAGAAGGAUUACCUGGAGGGCGUGGGCGAUACUCUGGACUUGGUGGUGAUUGGUGGUUACCAUGGCACUGGCAAAAGAACUGGCAAAUAUGGAGGGUUUUUACUGGCCUGUUAUGACGAAGAAAAUGAGGAAUUUCAGUCAAUUUGUAAAAUUGGAACAGGUUUUAAGGAUGAGGAUUUGGAGCAGCAUGCAAACUUUUUCAAGUGUCAUGUGCUGGAGAAAGCCAAACCUUACUUCCGCUACGACAACUCUCUGUCAGCUGACCAGUGGUUUGAGCCUGUUCAGGUGUGGGAAGUCAAAGCCGCUGAUCUCUCUAUAUCUCCUGUACACACAGCAGCAGCUGGUCUGGUUGAUCCAGAAAAGGGCAUUUCAUUGAGAUUUCCCAGGUUCCUGCGUAUCCGGGAAGACAAGAAACCGGAGGAAGCGACCUCUGCCUCUCAGGUGGCUGAACUGUACAGAAACCAAGAUCAAAUACAGAACCAGAAUAAAGGUACAGCUGGUGUAGAAGAGGAAGAGGAUUUCUACUAGUGGCACCUUCAUCUUAAAUGUUCAGUUAUCAUCCAUAUCUGAUGGCAGACACUGAUGAGAUCAACACAAGUAUUCAUCUACUGUUGACAUCUACAUGACUAUAAACUUACUGUUGAGAUCUACCACUGUAUUCAGCUACUGUUGAGAUCUACCACUGUAUUCAGCUAUUGUUGGGAUCUACCACUGUAUACAGCUACUGUUGAGAUCUACCACUGUAUUCAGCUACUGUUGAGAUCUACCAAUGUAUUCAGCUACUGCUGAGAUCUACCACUGUAUUCAGCUACUGUUGAGAUCUACCACUGUAUUCAUCUAUUCCUGAGAUCUACCACUGUAUUCAGCUAUUGUUGAGAUCUACCACUGUAUUCAGCUACUGCUGAGAUCUACACUUGUAUUCAGGUCCUGUUGACAUCCACACCUGACACUCAUCUUCUGUUGAGAUCUGCAUUUGACAUUUCAUCUUCUGUGGAGAUCUACACCUGACAUUAUAAGCUUCUGGGGAGAUUUACAUUUGACAUUUUCAGCUAUGAUAUUGAUGAUAUCUGUGUCUGACAUUGUCAGCUACUGAUGUUGUGAUGGUACCCAUAACAAGCUGUGGGUAACCAUUCUUUUCUGAAUUCAUUUUUUGGCUACAUGUGUUAUUAUGUGUUAUGAGGACUAUAAAACCCCUUUUGAUCACACAAUUUGAAAUCUGAUUUCAACAAAACUUAGGUUAUUAGAACAUGCCAAAUCUGUACUUCAUCUACAAUACGGUAGCAAAUGAAUGGUGGAGCUGCACUGUUUCUGAUUUAUCUGCAGGUGACAAUUCUGAAUGGAUUCUCCGUGUCGCCAUUGGUCAUAUGUAAAUAGUUUGUGUACAGUUUCACAUGUUCAUAUGUCACCUCUUUAUACCUUAAUGUUUUCAUCUUUUAAUGAAAAAGUACGAGUAAUUUUAUUC